UUAGUCUUUGGUUCUGGCUCCCUCAACUGGUGGCGAUUAUGCUGUUUCGUGGUUUAAAGUCUUCGAGCAUCCCUUUCGUUGAUUUCACGAUUUAUUUGUUAAUUUUAUAUCAGUGAACGCAUUUAACAUCCUUGUUUCGCUUCCGGUACGGUUUUAAGCAUUCCUGUAACUCAGUGGUUAGAGGAUGGCGCUAGCAGUGUCAAGAUCAUGGGUUCGAGCCCAGGGGAUGGCACAUAAUCAGAUACAAUGUACAGUAAUGUGUGUCGCUUUCGAUAAGCGUCUGCCAAAUACAUAAUGUUAAAUGUAUAUGUUCUGCACCAAUCUAUGAUCACGUGGGCUGUCAGCCUACGCAUUUCCUGGGCGGAGUCGCAUGGCGCUCGUCUGCUGGAAACGAUAGCACACGUGUUUAACUUUGUUUUACUUUGUUUAAUUUACAAACUAUUAUCUUCGUGCUUGGACGUAGUCAGUUGCAGAAAAAGCCUGAAUGACAUCAGCUUCGCUCCAUUGGACUGUUCGAGAACUUGACUUUGCACGAGUUUUAAAAACAUGGCUCUCAAUGUUGUGAGCUCGCCUGUUCAGACCUUGUGCACUCCUGAGAAGAGAAGACAUGCUUCAGGGGAUGAGCUGUCGUCAGACAGAGACUCCGGUGAAAGCCUGUUUAUAACACAAUGUUCUGCUACAGAGACCAAAAAGGUGAUAAGGCAAAAACCAGCUGCUCGAUCGCGGUCCGUCUCUGGCAAAAAAUCAAAAAAUGAGAAGGAGGAAUGCACCUCAGAGGACUUCUUGAAAAGGUGGCAAUGUUUAGGUGGCUUUAUGAUCACACCAAAGAAACGCUACACGAAACCAAAAAGAAAUGGUCCCAGAAAACGUUUUCGCCCCAUAAAAGCCAGUUUUCCAUUCUUGUUGAAGUCACAAAAACAACAGCACCUGUCCUUACAGAAGCAUCAGGUUCUAGAGAACUCAGAAAUUGGAGGGUUCUUCAAAUGCAUCAAGAAAAUGCAUAAGUCUAAAGGAAGUCCAAACAUGUUGGAGUUUGUGCCAUCUGAUGACUUUGACGAGGAAACCAGCGAUCAUGAAGUCACAGUGGUGAAUAAAGCCUGCUUUGUCCUCAAUAAAAUCAAGCAAAAAUGGCUCACACAAUCCAUUCUGGAGAGGAGGGUCCAAGAUGCGGAGGGCGAGAGGUUACAAAACCAAAGUGAAACAUUGGAGGUCUUGUGUUCAGAAUCUGAACUUUCAGAUUCUGAUGGUUCUGAACAAGUGUGCGUCAUCCGUUUGGGUGAUGAAGAAUCAGAUGGCGGUCAUGUGUGGUUCAUUGAGGACACGCAGAGACUGACUCAAGUGGUGAACGAAGCUCCUAGAAUGAACACAGAACGCAAUUCCUUAUCUCUGCCACCAGGGGGCGAUGUAACCAUACAGAAUCGCACAGAACAUGGUGGAACUGGAACUAUAUUGCCUGAUGAUGAUAAUAAUAGUGAAGCAAGAAAAAAACACAGCAUCACACACAAAACACCUGGACUGGACUUAGAAGAAACAUUAUUGUUCAUGCAGAACAGCGAUCAAGACAGUGACAUAACUGAAAUAGAUGGAGCAACUGGUCUAUAUGUUUCUAAAUCUGGACCAGGGACUACUAGACAGAAAGGUAAGAGUCUAGCGCAUUCAGAAGCAGCCGGUGAAAUGACCCACCGUUCAUCUCAGACAAUCUCCACGUCUUUUAAAGCUCCUUCGCUGGUCACAGGUGAACAGGAGGAAAAUGCUGACGACAAUAAAUGUUCUGAUUCUCAAGACGCUAGCCAGAGUUUGUUGGACUCGCAUCCUGAACCUACGUCUGAAAGAAGGAAAAUCAAGUCUCUGAAGAAAAGGAGAAAGAAGUCUGCCAAAGAUGUUGAAGUUGGAGAUGAAGACACAGUGAUUGACACAGCAUCAGGACCGGUUGAGGUUGCGAGGAAUGCUUACCCUGCUGUUGAAACGGGUGAUAGUCCUUUGUUUAAACCUGUUGAACUGGGCUUUCUUAGAAGGAAAAAGAAGAGGAAAAAAACUGAUACGAUACGGCGAGAAACAAAAGUGGAGACCAGCGGUGAUGACGUCACCGGACUCAUAACUACACACAAGGACGAUGAUAGGAAGUCACGUGAGCACAACAGAACCAACGAAGAACAGUCAUGUGACGCAAGCAGGUUGUCUGUGUAUUCAGAUGACACAGAUAUCUCACAUGUUAAGAAGAAAAAAGCGAAAAAGCAGAAAUUAGAAGAGCGCGAUGCUGCAGAGCCUAGUGUAGACACUCAAAAUGCCCAAGACAGUGGUUCAGUGUCCCACAAAGUGAAAAAGAAGAGGAAAUGUGAUGACGCAACAUUAAACCUGUCAAAUGGAAGUAUGGAGGAUUCUUCUAAACCUGGUAGCCGUCUGAGUUAUUCGUCUCGCGGUGGAAAAACAUCAGAGCCCUUGGAGACGACACGUAAUGUGGUGGCUUUAGACAGCACAACGGUUAAAAAGAAAAAGAAGCAAAAGAUGAAAACGCAAGAUGAAGACUCUGUUGAGACGUCUCAGCACAACGAAUCGCAAACUGCCGUGUUGUCUUGCAAAAAAACGAAGAAGAACAAAAAGACAGAGAGGACAACAUGUGACGAAGAAACAACAAGUGUGGCGGAAAAUCUUGAGAUGAGAUUGAAGCCCACGAAACUUGCGGAUACACAGACGACGGAGGAAACGGGAAGAUGCUCAUCACCCGGUGUAACUCUUUUAAAAUCAGGGAAGAAAAAGAAGAGAAGGAAUGGAAGUGAGCGGCCUGAUGUGUGUCCUGUGUCUCAAGAAGAAAACGGGUCGAGUACACAAGAGUUUGAAGAAAGAGGAUACAAGAAAAGUAAUGCAGGCGAUGCAUUAAAUGAGGCUAAACGCAAAAAGAAGAGGAUUGUGUCGCAAUCUGAGGAAACACCUGAGAGGAGGAAGAAAAAGAAUAAAGGACAUUCAAAUGGUCUCAUUGAAGACUGCAGUGAAUCACAUACUAAUCACGAGCUCUCUGGAAACUCUCAGAGUCUGAUGUCGACACCAUCUGAAAUAAGGCCAAAGAAAACAAAGAAGAAGAAAAAUGAGGAAGUAAAGGAAGCAGAUAAAAGUCCUGUGUUACUUACAAAAGGACAGACUGACUCAUUCAUAGAAGAGAACAAUACUGAAGAACAGUUCACGGGUAAUUCUGGAGUGAAAAUAAAAAAGAGGAAGAAGGAUAUUGAAUUUACUGACAAUGAUAUAGAGAUGAUCUCUAGUACUCAGGUAAAUAAAAGUGACACACCCAAAAGGCCUAAAAAAGAACGGCAAAAAAACAGAUGUGAUGAUGAAGAAACCUGUGGCGAAACUGUUUUGCAGGCGAACAAAAUAAAGGAUAGAAAGAAGAAAUGUAAGCAAAAGGGUGAUGCUGAAAACAUUACGGCGAUGGAAGACUAUUCAGAGUCUCAGACUGAUGAUGUGUUGCUGAGCAAAAAGAAGAAAAGAAAAAGCAAGGUCGAAAAUGUGUCCAUUCAGGAUACCCAAAACUCUUCCAUCCACAGUGAGGCUGUAAGAAUUGAGACUUUGAUGAGGAGGUUCCUAAAAUCAAGAAAAAGAAGAGGAAAAUCAUUGUGAAUGGUCAAGGUUAGCAAGCGGAAUCAUGGACAGUUUGCCCCCACAAACAAAUUCUGUAAUCAUCUAUUCCCCCUCAUGUCAUUCCAAACCUGUAUCACAUUUGUUCUUCUACAGAACACAAAAGAAGAUAUUUUGAAGAACGUUGGUACCAAACUACAUGGAACCCUUUGACUUCAAUGAUGUAACCACUAAAACACUUCUCAUAAUAUCUUAUUUUGUGUUCCAGAGCAGAAAGAGUCGGAUACAGGUUUAAAGAGACAUGAGGAUGAAUGAUGACAGAACUUGAGUUUUGGGGUAAACUGUCCCUUUAUUAAAACAAGCAAUUGUCAGGUAAUCUCAUUCUCCGAGACAUGUCAAGUUUCAAGUGGUGAAAAAACUGAAAUGUAAAAAAUGUUUAAUGUACAGUUUGUAAAAACUUUGGCAGAUUUUUGUGAUGUAUUUUUUUUACAUCUUACUCAUUUCUGAAAUAACACAUCUUAGGUCCUCCUAUGCUGUAUUAUUACUGUGCUUUAUUUUGCAUGAUUUUUUUUUGAAAACAACAUGACUCCGUUGUAAUAAUUUACGUUGUUGUUGACUCCGUGUAGGGAAAAUCAUUGCAUGCAGUUCAUUGAAGAAUUUAUUUGUUCAUUUCUAUUUUUGUGAAAGUUUUAUGCAAGCUCUGCUGCAUAGAAAUUAAAAUGCAAUGAAAUCUC